UCACAAUUACUGCAGACUCGGACUCGAAGUGGUCGAGACGAUACUAUCUUUCUCUAAAUUUUGACUAAAAUAUCGUUAAAAUGACUGCAGAAGGUUCAAAGGUUAUGUGGCAUCCGGAUCCAAAUAGAAAAACAAAGAUGGAUGAGUUCAGAGGGAUCAUUAACAGCUCUUAUAACCUGAAAAUCGAGUCAUAUGAUGACCUGUGGCAGUGGUCCGUGGAUCAUUAUCCUGAAUUCUGGGGAGAAUGUUGGAAAUUUUUUGAUAUUGUUCAUUCUCAGAUGUAUAGCAGGGUGGUUGAUCCAAGUAAAGGGAUAGACGAAGUGCCGGUGUGGUUUGAGGGCAGCAGACUCAACUUCGCUGAAAAUCUUCUGAGAUACCGAGAUGAUAGGGUCGCACUCUUUGCUGCAGUGGAAGGAAACAAAGAAAUUGAGAGGAUAACGUAUGCUGAGCUGCACAGGGUUGUUGGGCAAUUUGCUGCAGCUUUGAAGAAGAUGGGGGUCAAAGCAGGAGACAGAGUAGUAGGCUAUAUUCCCAACUGUGCUGUAGCAAUAGAGGCCAUGUUAGCAGCAGCAAGUAUAGGAGCCGUCUGGAGCUCAACAUCACCAGAUUUUGGAGUAACCGGUGUGUUGGACAGGUUCAAACAGAUCAAGCCCAAGGUCAUCUUCUCCGUGGACGCUGUGGUCUAUAACGGCAAGACCCAUGACCACCUGGCCAAGCUGAAGCAGGUCGUAGAGGGCCUCCCAGAGCUGGAGAAGGUCGUUGUCAUUCCCUACGUCAGAGCCCCAGCUGAACUUGACCUCUCAGACAUUCCAAACAGCGCAUUUACCUCCGAAUUCUUAAAGUCCGGUCAGGAGAUGGAUGGGUCCUAUCCUCUGCUGGAGUUUGAACAGCUACCCUUCAACCACCCUCUCUUCAUCAUGUAUUCAUCCGGAACCACAGGGGCGCCAAAGUGCAUGGUCCACUCCUCAGGGGGCACUCUCAUUCAGCAUCUGAAGGAGCACAUUCUCCAUGGUAACAUGAGGAGAGAAGACAACAUCAUCUAUUAUAGUACGACUGGUUGGAUGAUGUGGAACUGGCUAGUCUCUGGGUUGGCUGUAGGCAGCGGUAUAGUCCUGUACGAUGGUUCCCCAUUAGUUCCAGGACCCAAUGUCCUUUGGGACCUGAUAGACAUGUUAGAUAUCUCCAUCUUAGGAACCGGUGCCAAAUGGCUGUCUGUACUGGAAGAUUUAGGAGUACAUCCAAGAAAAACACACAGACUUGAGAAGCUUCAUACGAUAUUGUCAACCGGUUCACCUUUAACCCCUGCAUCGUAUGACUAUGUGUACUCAUGCGUGAAGGAUGAUAUUCUGCUGGGCUCAAUAACAGGUGGGACUGAUCUGAUCUCAUGCUUUGCCGGUCAGAACUGGACUGUUCCGGUUUACAGAGGAGAGAUCCAAGCCAGGAAUCUAGGCAUGGCUAUUGAAUCUUGGAGUGAAGAAGGCAAACUUGUAUAUGGAGAAAGUGGAGAACUGGUCUGUACCAAACCAUUCCCAUGCAUGCCAACUCACUUCUGGAAUGAUGCUGAUGGAUUCAAAUACAAAAAGGCUUACUUUGCCAAAUUCAGUGGCGUGUGGGCCCAUGGUGAUUUCUGUACGAUCAACCCUAAGACAAAAGGCAUCUACAUGCAGGGAAGGAGUGACGGGACUCUGAAUCCCAAUGGUGUUCGAUUUGGAAGUUCAGAUAUAUACAAUAUUGUUGAACAUCUGAAGGAGAUCCAGGACAGUCUGUGUGUGCCUCAGAGGAAUGCUCUCAAUGAGGAGAGGGUCAUUCUCUUCCUUAAGAUGGCACCAGGAAUGACCUUUGACCCGCAACUGGUCAAGCGGGUCAAAGUUGAGAUCAGGUCCGAACUGUCGGCCCGCCAUGUGCCUGCCCUUAUCUUGGAGACCAAAGACAUUCCAUACACCAUCAGCGGUAAGAAAGUGGAGGUUGCUGUUAAGAGGAUCAUUGCCGGUCAGAAGAUUGUCCAGAGGGGGGCAUUCUCGAAUCCUGACUCACUCGAUCUAUACCAAGAUAUACCAGAACUCCAAGGUUAUGCAAAACCAGUCAAGAACCCUGGUCCUCCUAUGUGUGGUGAAAUCAAGGCCAAGAAAUCGAUGGUUCUCCAGAGCAGCACAUCCACUUCCAGCAUCGACUCUACCUCACCAGAAAACUGAACAGUCGGUAUUCAAACCAACGUGCCGUUAUUAAACCUCAAAGUCUAUAUUGAGUGAUAAUUUCUGGCAUUUAACACUUGAUAUAUUAAGAACAGUGCAUGCAUCCAUUUCCAGCAUUGCAUGAACCGACCUCACCAGAAAACUGAAUUGUCUGUAUUCAAACCAGCGUGCCGAGUUGCGAUAGAUCCAGAUGUUUGUGAGCGCUGCUUCCUAGUAACUUGUAACAGAUAUAGCACAAAAUGCCCAUGGACAUGUUACUAAAUGUUAACAGUUUAACACGUCUGUGCUCUUGGAGGCUCAACGAAUCUAGUUAAGAUAUUUACAGAAGCUUAUAAUCAUAUACUCUCAAGUCUAAACUUGGGUCAUGUCUGUUUGUUGUAAACCAAUUGGAUUAAAUGUUUCCUGCGAAACAUGUUACAUUUUCUGUGGAGGGAAAUGCCCAUGUAUUUUUUGCAUACCUUCUCAUCAUGGUCCAAUAUUCAUAUUGUUGAGAACUUGUGAUAGCUGCAAUGUGUUAACAAUUAUUUAUUUCUUAUUCAGUUGAUUCAGUGUUAAGCAAUAUCUUGUUUUAUGAAAAAUGUAUAUACUGAGAGGAAGUUCAGGUAAAUGUAGUGUUCUAGAAAUGUGUGUAGAAGGCUGAUAGUUUUUGUCAUGUAGGUGAUUUUUGUUUGGCUUUAUUAUCUCUGUGGUAUUAACAUUCUUCAUAAAACCAUUUUGAAUGUGUGCUGUAAGUCCUUUAGUACAGUUUUGAUUGUCAAUUUAUGAUUUGUGGAAACUUACAUGUAUUCUCCUCUUGUACAUAAACUACCAGAUGAUGUUUUAUUUUAUUCUGUCCAUGUACAUAUGCAUUAUCUUUAAGACAAAUUGCAAAGGCAAACUAAAAAUGUAUGGCUUAUAGAAUCCCUUUGCUAUGGCUUUUUAAAUGGUAUGUGUAAAAAAAGAACAAAUUCUUCAUUCAUAAAGUAGAUUUUUGAAUUGUUACAUGUGUAGAGUAGUUUCCUGUUCUUAUAUGUUCUUUCAGAGGCCAACUUCUAAUUUUUGCAUAAUUCCUAUGCAACUGUUUGAUAAGCCUUAUAGCAUUGAAAUUGAUUUGCAAUUUCUGCUUCAAAUCUCUGCUGCCUCUGUAAUCUCAUAUGUUCAGAUUUCAUAUCGGUACAAUUAUUAUCAUCAAUUUGGAAACAAUAUAUAUAUAUAUGUAUAUAGGACCAGCAAAGAAUUCUACUCACUAUAAUUUGUGUGUCUUUGAGACUUUGAGGUACAAGACCAACUAUUUAUGUCCAUAAGAUCAAAUAUUUUUGUCAGGAAGUCUAAAUGUUUCAGUCUUGUGGGCAUUGUGUGUGAUGAACACUUAGAAAAGUUGAGGAUUUAUCUUUUGAAUCCUUCCGUCAUUUAGGCUCUCAGCAGUAGGUUUGCAAUAUUGAUGGAGAAAGUGUGUGAAAUUCUUUUUCUUUGUCUGGUAAUCUCCACAGGGCUAUGCAGCCUAUCAUGGGGAUAAUAGCUGAAGAUUGCAAGCGGUGAGGCAUUAGAUGCCUGAGGAGUAGUUUGUGGCUGUUCUCAGAAAAAUAGAAAACAAUCAGUAAGAAAUUUGAGAAGAUAUAUAUAUGGUUAUGUAUGUGAUCUUAUUGUAUUACCUGUUUAUUUUGUGGAAGCCUAUAGAGACCAUUCUCGUCUUAUUUUUUUGAAUAUUCCCUAAGUUUUUUCGCCAAUCACAUGCAGCUUUUACUUCUGUGUCUCAGCUGAAUACCGGUAUGCUGUAUAUUACAAGAUGAUUUCCCAAUGAUUUGUCAGAAAUGCAAUUCAAAUUUACACAAAGCAGCUAAUUUUCUCUCUCUACAUUCAGUAGCAAAUAGAAUAUGAACAAAUAUAUGAUAAUGGAGGAGAAUACAAUGCAGAUUAAUAUGUGUAUUCAUUAACAAGGAAAGUCAUUCAGAUGUAUACUUCUACACAGUGUGUGUGUGUGUAUGACUGUGUUUAUGUCUCAGUAUUACUGUUUUGAUGAUGUCUUUAGAUGAAGAAUGAACAUAUCAAAAUUAGAUUUUUUUUUUUUCUUCAUGAAAUUUAUUUUACAUGGGUUUCCUGAAUGCUUUCAUUAAAAAGUUUUCUAUUCAUUUUCUUAUGCCUUUCUAUCUUUCUCUUCUAUGUGUUUCUGUCCAUCUCUCUGUCUGUCUCCCUCUCUAUCUCUAUUUACCCCCCCCCCUUCCCUCCCUCCCUCCCUCCCUCCCUCUCUCUCUUUCCCCCUCCAACCCCAACCCCUACCCCAAGUCCUGAGUGAUAUGCAUCUAAUUAUCCAUCUUAAAAUGCCCAUUGGUCUAUUAUUUGGGUAUUUAUUAUGAAUUUCAGAUGAUAGAUUCAUGAAAGGUUACAUGAUUAUUAAAGGAAAGAUAAGAUCAUUUCUUUCUUCCACAUUUCUUCAGUAACUGAUUGGGCCGAGGAAAAUAAUAUGAUAUCUAUGUGAUAUAGUUUAUGUUUCUGAAAUAAUGUGUGAUUAUUGUUGUAGCAUGCAUGUCAUAUAGGUAGUUUGAUGAAUUAAUAUUAUCUUUUGUUUCACCAUAUAUUACUAAUGUCUUUAGUAAGAAAACAUUGAAGAGAUGAAUAUUAUUUUUAAUAAGUAUUUUUCUCCAAGAUGUAUUGCAUUCAGCUGAAUAAAUAUAAUGUGAACUACUGAAAA